GUAAAAUUAUAUACAGGCAAAACUGCGGACACCUAAGGUGACGCAAUCUCCGCGCGAGGUAGGGAGGGGCUCCGCGAGGACCCCAGCCGGAAGCUAUCACCUGGGAAGCGGAAGCCGUCGGGAGAGAAGCGGCGGCUGACGGUGACGGGUUUUCAGACAAGACUGAGGACCUGAAGGGGAAGGUGACCUCCCAAAAGUCACAGAGUAAUUGGUAGAGUUGGACAAGAACCUAAGCCUGUAACUGAAGAGACCAGAGGUCUUUCUGUUACACUUCUUGGGACGCAGACGAUCUUUGCAAAUUAUCUUGUAGAAAAAAUGCCCAAAGUGAAAAGGAGCCGGAAAGCUCCCCCAGAUGGUUGGGAGUUGAUCGAACCAACACUGGAUGAAUUGGAUCAAAAGAUGAGAGAAGCUGAAACAGAACCUCAUGAGGGAAAGAGGAAAGUGGAAUCUCUGUGGCCUAUCUUCAGGAUCCACCACCAAAAAACCCGGUAUAUUUUUGACCUCUUUUACAAGAGGAAAGCCAUAAGCAGAGAACUAUAUGAAUACUGUAUUAAAGAAGGCUAUGCAGAUAAAAAUCUGAUAGCAAAGUGGAAAAAGCAGGGCUAUGAGAACUUAUGCUGCCUGCGCUGCAUUCAGACACGGGACACCAAUUUUGGAACAAACUGCAUUUGCCGGGUCCCCAAAAGCAAGCUGGAAGUGGUAACAUCUCUACCCCUGGCCGGAUCAUCGAGUGCACACACUGCGGCUGCCGGGGCUGCUCCGGCUGAGGCCCUGAGGACCUGACCCGUCUUCACCCUGAACUUGGGACUUACGGGUUUCUGCCUGUCGCGCCACCCCCUUUCCUGGGAGCAGCUCUUCUCGCGGAGCAGUGCUCCCGGCCUGAGUUGGAGCAUGGUCUCUAUAUGUAAAGGCUUUGGUGUUUCUCAGCUGUGAUUUGUAGGAAUAAAAUUUUUAAACCUUCUG